AUGUAUGUUUCAUUAUUAAUUGUGAUAUCCUUUGAUCGUGUCGAAGCUGUUAUCCCCGUUGUUACUCAAGAUCAGGCGAAACAGAGGCGUAAAAUAAGGAAAUUAUUGUUGGAUAAGAAGAAAUCUAAUUUAGCUGGAUCUUCAUCAGGUUCUAUCAAUAAUAAUGUCCUAACCGAUGAUUCGAUAACAAUUCCGUCUGUUUCGCGUAUUGUUACAAGAGAAGUAUCGGUUUUCUCAGAAGAUAACAGCCGAUUAAGGGAAUUGAUUUUGGAUAAUAAGAGAUCUCAUACGAGACCCAGCAUAUCAGACACCAAUAUAAAUUUACCGACUUCUUAUCCAUCCAAUUCAACUCCAAAGGUCAUUGCUGAUGUUACGACAACCCGACCAUUCAGGCCACGAACUGUUAUUCCCAUUGUUAGUCAAGAUGAGGCAAAACAAAGUCGGAAAAUAAGGAAAUUAUUAUUGGAUAACAAGAGGUGUAAAUUACAUGGAUGUCCAUCAGAAGAUGUCAGUAAUAAUGCCACAACAAAUGAUUUGAUAACAACUCAUGAUAACAGCCGAUUAAGGGUAGAUAUUUUGGAUAGUAAAAGAUCUGAUACGAGACACAUCAUAUCAUUCACUAAUAUAAAUUUACUGGCUUCUUCUCCAACCGAGUCAAUUCCAAAUGUCAUCUCUAAUGUUACCGAAACCACACCAUUGAUGCCAACAAGUAAUGUUAGUUGUAUUACUAACAAUGGCACUCAACCAACAAACUGUACUCCGCGUCAUAUUUCUUUUAACCUGACAUCAUUCACCGGCACCUCCACUAUGCUUCAAAAUUCAUCUUUGGAAAGGUUGUCAUCCGGAAAACGAAAGUUAAUUAGCACACCACGAAUUACAUCUCCAAUACCAAUUAUUGAUUUCAAUACAGAGGAAAUUGUAGAUCAAGAUCCGUUCAAGGGUCUCUCAAAAGAUUAUUUGGAUCAUGGUGACCAAUGCGUUACCUGUGAAGUAUGUAAUGCAAAGUUAUGGGACGCAGAAAAAGGAAGAGGAAGAAGAAAGGAUGGGAAAAUGUGUUAUUUCUUAUGUUGUUCUUACGGCAUAGUAGAGCUUCCAGAUUACAAAGAUGCCAGAGGAAGUUAUCGUAUCCUAUUUAGUAAAAAAAAUAAUGAAAGCAAGCAUUUUUUGAAGAAUAUUCGGCGUUACAAUUCCAUGUUUGCAUUUACUUCAAUGGGUGGUAAGGUUGAUUCAACGGUUAAUAGAGGCAAUGCACCGUUUUGCUAUAGAAUAAGUGGAGAAAAUUACCAUUCAAUUGGAAGUCUUAUGCCAAACAACGGAGCGCAACCAAAAUUUUGCCAACUAUACAUAUAUGAUACUGAGAACGAACUUGCAAACAGGCAAGCGAUAUUUAGUCGUUCAGAGGAUUCAUCGUCUUCUUAUUCUGCUACUCUUGAUCGUAAGUUAAUAGAACAUAUAAAAGAUGUUUUAGAUAACGACAAUGAGUUGCUUCGCCUAAUUGGAACAAGAGGAAAAGAUGGUCGGAGGUAUAACUUACCAACGGCGGGUGAGAUUGCCGCUCUCAUUGUUGGAGAUAUAGAAAAUGUAAUUGACAAUAGAGAUAUUGUUGUUGAGACUCAAACUGGUACACUGAAGAGAAUUAGUGAGUUGCACCCGUCAUAUCUCGCACUACAGUAUCCGAUUUUGUUUCCAUACGGAGAUGAUGGCUACCGAAUUGAUAUCCCUCACAGAGGUGUCAUUGAUGUUGUUAAUAAGAAACGUCCAAAUUGUACUAUGAGAGAGUUCUUUGCUUAUCGUAUGCAGGAUCGGAUAAAUCAGUUUUCGUUAAUCUUGAAUUCCAGGAGGUUAUUCCAGCAGUUCUUGGUUGAUGCUUAUACUAUGAUAGAGAGUGAGAGACUUAGCUAUAUACGAUAUCAACAAAAAGAUCUUAGGUCUGACACAUAUGAAAGCCUCCGUAAAUUAAAAACACAUGGUCAAGAUGAUAUAUCUAAGGCUGGAAAACGUAUCUUCUUGCCAUCUUCCUUUACUGGUGGAGCACGAUAUAUGAUGCAAAACUAUUUAGACGCUAUGGCUUUGUGUAAAUGCUUUGGUUAUCCGGAUUUUUUUAUAACCAUAACAUGCAAUCCCAAAUGGCCAGAAGUACAACGCUUUCUCAAAGACACCAAUCUCAGUCCGGAAGAUAGGCCUGAUAUCCUCUCCAGAUUGUUCAAAAUUAAGCUUGAUUCAAUUUGCAAAGAUUUAAAAAAGAACCAUCUAUUUGGCAAAGCUUCAGCAGUUGUUUACACAAUCGAGUUUCAAAAACGUGGUUUGCCUCAUGCCCAUUUAUGCUUAUUCAUGGAGCCUGAAUCGAAAUUACCUACGGUGGACCAUGUUGAUGGAUUUAUAUGCGCAGAAAUACCUGACAGAAAUGAAGAUCCAGAAUUAUUCAUGCUUGUGAAAGAAUAUAUGAUACACGGUCCAUGUGGUAAUGCAAGGUUGAGUUCUCCAUGUAUGGUUGAUAGGAAGUGUUCAAAAGGCUUUCCCAAAGACUUUCAAGAUCAUACUACACUAGAUUCAAACGGCUUUCCUUUAUACAGAAGGAGAAACAAUGGCGCUUUAGUUGUGAAAAAUAAAAUUGACCUUGAUAACAGAAGUGUCGUACCGUACAAUAAAAAAUUAUUGAAAAGGUAUCAAGCUCAUAUAAAUGUUGAAUGGUGCAAUCAGGCCGCUUCGAUAAAGUAUCUGUUUAAAUACAUUAAUAAAGGACCUGACCGAGCGACUAUAGCCGUUGUUCAAAGCGAUAAUCAAUCUGACGAACAAGUACAAGACGAGAUAAAAGAGUAUUAUGAUUGUCGAUAUAUUUCAGCUUGCGAAGCAUCUUGGAGGAUAUUUGCCAAUGAAGUGCAUUAUAGACGACCUUCUGUUAUGAGACUUCCGUUCCAUCUACCUGGCCAACAACCUGUUGUUUUCGGUCCUGAUGAGGAUAUUAACUAUGUUCUAAACAAACCAUCUGUUAAAUCUUCAAUGUUUCUCUCAUGGAUGGAACGUAAUAAAGACCCAAAUGACACGUUGGCCCGUACACUUACAUAUGUUCAGUUUCCCAAUUUUUGUGUUUGGAAGCUUGAUAAGCGAGUAUGGGAACCUAGACAAAGGAAAACAGUUAUUGGCAGGAUUCAUUCCGUACCUCCGUCACUUGGUGAAGCUUAUUUUUUGAGAAUUCUUCUUAACAAGGUCAGAGGACCAACAUCGUUCGAUGACAUUAAAAUAGUUAAUGGUCAUGUUUACGAUACAUAUAGAGAUGCUUGCUACGCGCUCGGUCUUUUGGAUGAUGACUCCGAGUAUGUGGAGGCAAUAAAGGAAGCAAGUUUAUCAGGAAGUGCUUCAUAUAUUCGUAAUUUAUUUUGUACCAUGCUGUUAUCGAGUAGUCUUUCUAGACCUGAGGUUGUUUGGGAAAGUUCAUGGAAAUACAUGACAGAAGAUUUUUUAUAUAGACUUCAGAAAUACCAUCGAGUUACAGCGUUAUCAAUUCCGGAGCACCAACUGAAAAACUAUGCUUUGUGCGAGAUUGAGAAGUUUUUACUGCGAAAUAAUUCAUCCUUGCAAAGAUUUCAAACAAUGCCAUUUCCAGAUAUGUCGUCUUCAGGCAGUUCAGAUAGUCGUUUGAUAUUUGAGGAGCGGGCGUAUGAUAUAACACAUCUUGGAAAUCUGUACGAUAGUCAGUUGACAAUGUUAACUGAUGAACAACGCUCUGUCUUUGAAGAAAUUAUGGCAGCAGUGAAUGGUGAUAACGGUGGGAUUUUUUUCCUUUACGGCUAUGGUGGAACAGGUAAAACAUUUUUAUGGAAGACAUUAUCCGCUGCAAUUAGAUCAAAAGGUCAAAUCGUUUUAAAUGUGGCUUCAAGUGGAAUUGCAUCGUUGUUGUUAGAUGGUGGCAGGACAGCACAUUCCAGGUUUCACAUACCUUUGAAUCUUACUGAAGACUCUGUAUGUAAUAUAAAACCGGAAAAUGACGUGUCUAAAUUACUGCAUGAGACGAAAUUAAUAAUUUGGGAUGAAGCACCUAUGGUACACAAACAUGCAUUCGAAGCGCUCGAUAGAACAAUGAAUGACGUUUUCAACAUCGACCAAUCUGUCAAUUCAGACAUCAGGUUUGGAGGUAAGGUAAUUGUUUUUGGUGGCGAUUUCAGACAAAUAUUACCUGUCGUUCCAAACGGUGGAAGACAAGAGAUUGUUAAUGCCUCCUUAUCUUCAUCUUACUUGUGGAGUAAAUGUAAAUUGCUAAGAUUAACAAGAAACAUGAGGUUAACCGUUGGAAGGUCGACGGAAGAAAUUGAAGAAAUAAACACUUUUGCGAAAUGGCUUUUGGAUUUGGGUGAGGGUAAUGUUGGUGGUCCAAAUGAUGGGGAAGCAACUAUUGAAAUACCACAAGAUCUUCUAAUUACUGAUGAAUCUGACCCAAUUGCAGCUUUAAUUGAUUUUGUUUAUCCAUCAAUCUUGCAAAACAUCAACAACCAUAAUUAUUUUAGUGAGCGUGCUAUACUUGCACCGAAGAAUGAUGUUGUGCAUGAGAUUAAUGACAGGUUGCUAUCAAUGUUUCCUGGUGAAGAAAGAGAGUAUCUUAGCUCUGAUAGUCUUUGUCCAACCGAAGAUGUAAAUGCUACACAACAAAGAAUAUACUCUCCGGAUGUGCUCAAUGGACUUAAAAUUUCUGGCUUACCAAAUCAUAGGUUGGUGCUAAAAGUUGGUGUUCCAGUAAUGUUAUUACGAAAUAUUGACCAACGGAAUGGUUUGUGCAACGGUACAAGGCUACAAGUAAAAAAGUUGUACAACCGUGUAAUAGAAGCCGAGAUAAUAUCUGGUGCAAAUAUUGGUACUUCCACAUAUAUACCUCGGAUUAAUUUGAUCCCUUCUGAUAAAAAGAUUCCUUUUGCUUUUCAAAGGAGGCAAUUCCACUUUCCGUAUGUUUUGCGAUGA